UUUCGUAGCACAUCAAUAAUAGUGGGCUUCGCAAUGGACGCGCUACAAAUUAAACACAACACCGGACUCGUAAAUCUCGACUGUAAACUGCGAGCUCAAAGCGCAUUCGCCGUCGCUGACCAUCGCUCGGCAAUUUUUUUUCAAACUCUUGCGCUUGGUGAAUCAAAACGCCAGAAAUAUUCUGAGAGUUCGCGUCGCUGCACUAAUCUAGUUGAUAUCAUAAAACAGGUUAGCGAUUGUGACAUUUCAAAGCCGUGCGGUGAAUUACGGUCUGCAAAAUCUGGGUACGCCGAACUUUGUAAACAAUGCCUCGAACUACCCGACGAGUGGACCGUGAUGCAAGUUUCCAAAGAGUUCACGCCUCUAGCCCCCUGCCUAACGCACGAGGAACAACUAAAAGAACCAACGCGCAUCUGGCUGACCAUAUACCGUUGUAGUGACCCUAUGGAAGGGAAAAGGGCAGAGCCGAUCCUCCUGGUGCUAGACCCGCCAGCCGACGAUACCAGCUGCAAAUAUCCCAAUAUCUUCGAACAUAUCUCAUCGAUACCGACCGAGGUACGAAUCGCAAUCACUAACAACGAAUCGACAGCGACUACAACAUCGAGCGAGUCACAAUCCGAUAGGCUCGAGGCAGUAGAGCAGCUGAUAAGCUUGGCUGUAGAACGAGUCCGCGACUGGCUGGGACCUUGGUCAAACCUUUUCGUAGGGAAGUUUCGUACGCCGGCAAUGCUUCAGCUUGAGGCAGAUGUUUACAAUCAAGUAGAGGAGUUUUGCAUCGAACAUCGGAUAGGGCACAUUGUGCAGCGAUUGGUGUCACUGGUGGCCCGAAGAUUGGAUCUAUUACAGGAUAUUCAUAUCUACGAAUUAUGCAGCAGCGAGCAGCUCAAUUUGGAUAACGCUCGGUGUGUUGCACUGUACAAAUUCCUUGUCGAUUUCAAGAAACGUAAAUUCAUCAACGUUUCGGAUAGAAUCGACUCUCUUCCGGUGCUGGUCGUGGUGGAUGAGCUACUCGACAGCAUGCCAUGGGAGAUGAUACAUCCAACUAGCGAGAUUUGUCGUUUCUCAAGCUUCAGGGUAUUGAUGGAGCUAUAUCGUGUGCAUCAAAAACGGAUCCAGAAUGGUUACCUUACAAUAAAUGCAAAAAAAUGUUAUGCAAUUAUCAACCCAGACAAAAACCUGGAAAAAAUGAGCGCUCGCUUGCAAUUGUUUUACAAAGAAUGGUAUCCUGAAUUUCAGCUGCUCGUCGAUCAACCACCAACCGAGGCUGAGUAUAGUGAUAUGCUGAACCGGUCGGAUGUUGUAAUCUACAACGGACACGGUAGUGGGUUACAGUUUGUAAACGGAGAAUCGUUACUGCAGUGUGAUAUAAACUGUGUCACAUUUCUCUUUGGCUGUGCUUCAGUUCGGCUCUAUUCGAACGGCCUGUUCACGGAGAUGACCGGGACACACCAGUACUAUAAUGCCGCCAGGUGUCCCGCGGUCAUCGGUGCUCUAUGGGUUUUAACGGAUCUUUUUACCGACAUCUACUCAAUGGUGCUCGUUGGCAAUUGGAUUCCUACAGUAAAUCCAAAGUAUGCUAGCCGGGACAUCUCUACUAUUGAUGCAGUAGCAUUGAAAGCGGGAAAAUUGCAAUUUAAUAAACCGUCUUCAAGAAGAUUUACAAUCAAAAGUCAUUCCAACCUGUUAAAACUGAUGGGCGAUUGUAGACUUUACGCGCAGUUACCACAAAGGAUUAGGUGUGCAAUAGUUUGUCGAGGUUUACCAGUUGUAAACAAACUUUUACAAAAACUUUAGUUUUUGGUGGCUUUUAGAUUUUUUUUUUUUUUGUAAUGAAUUGGGAUAUUUAUUUCGGCAAGUUGUAAACGAUAAGGAAGAGUUUAAUAAACGAAUUUCCCCA